UCAGGUUUCUUACGUAUGUCGCGCUCAGGUUCCGAUGAAAGACAGAUUCAAGUUCUCGCACCCAGGACGGAGAUUUCGGAACAAGCCAGGUGGACCGGCCGUUGAUCCCGUCUUUGCUGCCUCCGGUUCGCACUAAGACGUUGUCGUUUUACCCGGCUCAUCAUCUUCAUGUCAGUUUCCAGCAAGGACCUUUCAUUUCAAUGGAGCCCCAUACAAAACGAAAAACGACCGCUUCAUCACGAUUCAAAAAUUGAAAAAAUUAAAAAAAAAAAAAUUGCAAAUACUCCUAAAAUUCGUAUCAUGGAAUGGAAUUUCUUAAAACAAAGAGCGCACUUCCGCAAAUGCCUUGAAAAUUGACCUCUCUGUGGUUCUCUCUCUUUCUUUCCUUCCGACAAGAUAACCCAGUCCAUGGAAACAACGACGUCGUGUUUGUCCUCCACGCAGAGGUACGCGGCCGGGGCACUGUUCGCUAUCUCUUUGCACCAGGCCCAGAUCCAUCAAUCCCAUCCAUUGGGCUGUCCUCCCGACGAAGGUGAUGAACCCUCCGGGGAACGAACCAGCAGCUGUAGUCGAAGCAGCAAUAGCAGCGGUAGCGACUCGGUCUCCGAGGACCCCGGCCUUUGGGUUCACGAGAAGUCGGGCCUCCUGCGACCCGUAUUCAGGUUUUUGGGGAUUGACUCAGCUGCAUGGCCUGGACUUGAGGAAACAGCUGGAUCAUCUCCGGCUAAGAAUCAUAUUGGAGCAUUCUUGAGGUUGCUAUCAGAGGAAACUAGUGAAGAUUCGGAGAAGGGGCUAGCGCUGUCAAAAGCCGUUGAUGCCAUGGCAAGAAGCAUGGAAAGUUCUGUAUCUUCUGAGUCUAAGAAGGAAAAGCGCCGUGCAUAUGAACAUGAAUGUCGUGAGAAAUAUUCUGUUGCCGAGGUACAAUCAAACACUGAAGAGGUGGAUAGGCACUCUGAAAGUCUACUGGAGGUAGAAAGUAAUACACAUGAUCCUGAUGAAUUCCGUGUCCAUGGGGAUGUGUUUAAUGAGGAACCUGUUGAGGAUGUAACAACCCUAAGUUACGAGAGAAUGAAUGUUCUCUAUGAGCUUCUUUCAGCUUGUUUGGCGGAUAAAUAUGAAGAUAACAACCAAAAAAUUACCCAGAAAAGAAAGGGCUAUGAUGCUCGGCAUCGUGUGGCUUUAAGGUUACUAGCAACUUGGCUUGAUGUUGAGUGGAUAAAAAUGGAAGCCAUCGAGACAAUAGUUGCAUGCUCUGCAAUGGCUUUAGCAAAAGAAAAAGAAACAAAGGAAGAAGAAACAAGUUCUCCAAAAAACAGUUGGGAGAAAUGGAAGCGUGGUGGCAUCAUUGGUGCUGCUGCAUUAACUGGAGGAACUUUAAUGGCCAUCACUGGUGGAUUAGCUGCUCCAGCAAUUGCUGCAGGAUUUAGUGCUCUGGCUCCAACAUUGGGCACUCUUGUCCCUGUGAUUGGAGCAGGUGGGUUUGCUGCUGCUGCAAGUGCUGCAGGAACUGUUGCUGGUUCUGUUGCUGUUGCUGCAUCAUUUGGAGCUGCUGGCGCUGGACUUACAGGGAGUAAAAUGGCUAGAAGAAUCGGAAGUAUUGAUGAAUUUGAGUUCAAAGCUAUUGGAGAAAACCAUAACCAAGGCCGGCUAGCAGUUGAGAUCUUAGUCUCUGGAUUUGUCUUUGAGGAGGAAGAUUAUGUAAGGCCUUGGGAAGGGCGGGAUGACAACUUGGAAAGGUAUGCGCUGCAAUGGGAGUCUAAGAAUAUAAUUGCAGUGAGCACUGCAAUUCAGGAUUGGCUUACUUCAAGACUUGCUAUGGAGUUGAUGAAGCAAGGAGCCAUGCAUACGGUAUUAAGCACACUGCUUGCAGCAUUUGCUUGGCCUGCUACGUUACUUGUAGCUGCUGAUUUCAUAGAUAGCAGAUGGGCAAUUGCUGUGGACAGAUCAGAUAAAGCAGGAAAACUACUAGCUGAAGUGUUACUGAAAGGCUUGCAAGGGAACAGGCCUGUUACACUCGUGGGUUACUCACUUGGUGCACGUGUGGUUUUCAAGUGUCUCCAGACUCUGGCUGAGACUGAACAUAGUGCUGAACUUGUUGAAAGAGUUGUUCUUCUUGGAGCACCCAUCUCAAUUAAUAACGAGAAUUGGGAAGCUGCAAGAAAGAUGGUGGCUGGAAGAUUUGUGAAUGCUUACUCAACAAAUGAUUGGAUGCUUGGAGUUGCUUUCCGUGCAAGUCUGCUCACGCACGGACUUGCUGGAAUUCAACCAAUUGAAAAUCCUGGUAUUGAGAAUGUUGAUGUAACUUCUUUCAUUGAAGGCCACUCGUCCUAUCUCUGGAUGACGCAGCAGAUCCUUGAGCGGCUGGAACUGGAUGCUUAUUUUCCUGUUUUCAAAAGCACUUCUUGAAAGUAGUAGUUUUUACACAACUCUUUCUUCUCUCCAUUUUUCUUUUGUAUCAAAAUGGGAAACUCAAAGCCAAAUGAGACUUCUUGUAUGUCCAGCCAUGAUUAAGCUUUCUGGCUUGCCUUUUGUAUAAAACCAUAUACUCAUACUUUUUUGUUAUAUAUCAUUUUAGUUGCCUGUUUCCAUUGAA